CUUUUAGUUGAACGUAUAGUCGUACAUUUGAAGGCAAAACAUUGUUAGGAGAUAACUUCAAUGGAAAUUUUGGUUAAAGAUCCACUCUAUCAUAAUGGAAUUUGGAAAGGAAUGGUUGAAAUUCCAAGGCAUUGGUGUCAAUAUAGGCAUUUAUUGUUGGAGAGACUCAGAAAAUUUCCGGAUCGGAUCGCUCAGAUCGAUGCUGCGACCGAUAGGAAAGACACUUACCGAGACUUAACAGACAGAGUCCUUAGAUGUUCCGUCUGGUUGAAAAAUCAAAAGCUCAAGUCUGACGAUGUAAUCGGAAUAUGCACCUAUAAUCAUCUGGAUACGUAUGUCCCGGUAAUUGCAACAAUUCUCGCUGGGCACAUCAUAAAUCCUUGGUGGAACGCAGUUUUGGAUGAUGAUAUGGCGAAAUAUUUUCUGAAUCUCACGCAACCAAAGAUAAUCUUCGCUGACGAUUUGACCAUAGCAAUCAUAAAACAAGCGGUCGAUGAGGUUGGAUCUACCGCGAAGAUCAUUGCCUUCAAGGAAACCCCGGGUUUCGAAUCUCUUUCUCAGAUCUUGAAGGCCCAGAAUGUGACUGAACUUUCUGAGUUUCAACCCAACAUUCUGGAAGAUAUUGAAGAACCAGCCUGGAUUGCUUACACAUCCGGAAGCACCGGAUUCCCCAAAGGUGCUCUCCUUAGUUAUCGAAGAUUAACUCUCAUCGUGGAUCCCAUCUCUGAGAAGCCAAAGAUCAAUUUUUGGGCCCCUGGCAUAUGCUGGACAACUGGAAUAUCCAAUAUGUUUUGGACCAUCACUUCUUGCUCUACAGCUGUAAUUCGCACUGAUUUAACCGAAGAAAUCAUUGCUCAAAUACUGGAAAAGUACAAGGUCACCAACAUGAUGACAUCAAAUACAGCGAUUGCAGCUAGAAUGUCAAAAGUAGAAGCGAUCAAAAGUUACGAUUUUUCAUCUGUGCAAAUGGUAGUUUUCACUGGAAUCGGUAUGAUCCCAGAAGUGGAUGAGUUCCUGGGGGAUAUUUAUCCGAAUGCUGUGAUAGUUAAUUGUUACGGUACUACAGAAGUAGGUUAUGUAACCGCCCGUAUCAAAAGACAUAGAAAACUCAUGUCUUGCGGACAAAUCGCUCCAAACUGUGAAAUCAAAAUCGUUGAUCCAGAGAAUGGAAAAAUAUUGGGACCCAAUCAAGAGGGAGAAAUGUAUGUCAAACAUGUAGGGAUGAUGCGAGGAUAUUAUAAAGACGAUAAGAAUACCAAGGCCGCUUUUGAUGAAGAAGGAUGGAUUCGCACUGGUGAUUUAUCAUAUUACGACGAAGAUGGUGACUUCUUCAUUGUUGAUCGCUUGAAAGAAUUGAUAAAAUUCAGAAACAAUAUCCAUAUCAUACCUGGUACAAUAGAGCGAGUUAUCCUGAAACAUCCUGAUGUUUUAGAAGUUGCUGUGGUAGCGAAACCGGAUCUAACAGAUGCUGAACACCCAAUGGCUUUUGUGUUGAGGCACCCACACGCAACUGUGACUGAGUACGAGAUCUAUGAAUUGGUGUCUCAACAUUUACCAGAUCAUAUGGCUCUAAGAGGAGGUGUGAUUUUUCUGGAUAAAAUUCCACAUACAGAUACAGGAAAAGUGUCUAAGAAGGAAUUGCGGCGUAUGGCGGUGUCUCUUGCAAUUGAGCAAUAACUCAAUAUUGCCACCGUAAGUUUUAUUUACAUGAGAAUAAAUUUGAUAAACCCUCGUGACAAUUAUCAUACGCAUCAUCGUUGGAAAUACGAAUCCGAAUUGAAGAGAGAGAUAGCGUGGCUUCAUAGCGAAGGGUUGGUCUACCCUCUGAUUAAAAAUUCUCGCGUGGUUAAGCCUCUGAUAAUGAUCUUUCUCCAACCCCUCACCAACCUGUAGGGGUUUAAUAUAGUAUGGAGCAAAAGCGAUUGUACUUACGCAGUGAGCGUGCACCACAUGGGAUGGAUAAAAGAGGAAAUAGCUGGAGGUCAUCGCGCUUGGGAAUUAACGAUUUUGUGUUGGUAUCACGGAUUGAAUUUACUUUACUUAAUUCUAUGAACAAAAAAAAAUGAAAGCUUUCAGAAAUGAGUGACAAUUUUUCCGCUAUCUCAAUCCAAUAAAUUUGAAAAUGAAACGUCUGAUGUGCAUUCCUCAGAUUUAUCACCAACCAUUGGAUUAUUAAUUAGAAUGAGAGGAUAUUAAUACCCCGCCAAAAUUAAUCAAAUUCCAUGCAGCCACUUGAAGGUUAUAAUCCGUCACAGAGUGCUCGGACCGUGAAACCGGAUGGCUCUGAAAUUUGUAAUAAACCUAACGACCCUAGCAAUGAAAAGUAACGUUUCACUGAUCCCCUUUUGGAUGGGUGAUGGGCGCAAGCUCAGACACCCGACAAAUCAGAGUAAUUGCAAAUCCGUAUCAGCGAAUUAAGCGUUUUAGCCUUCAAUAGAAGACAGCAGCCAAAGCUCUCUUUUUGUCUUUGGAUUUUCAUCGGUCCUGUAAGCAUUGCAGCCACUCCCAGGAUCAAUCCAAAGCACAUAAAAACAUGAUAUCAAAAUUUUUAUUCUUAAAAGAAGCUUUUAUUGAGCUUUUAUAUAACAUUCAUUGAAUAAUUAUGUUGUAAAUAAAGAGGACUAAAUUAAGCCCUAGAAAAAAAUAAAUUGUAAUUUUACUUUUA